AUGGCUCGUGCCUCUGCGCUCUCCAAGGCUCUUUUGGCCGCCGGAGCCAUCGUGGCCCUGCGCCUUUUGUCCGGUGAGACCUUUGUGACGCCGAAGCAGCGCAACGAAGCAGAUGCCUACAGCCAGAAUGACAACCCGAUCAACCCAUACUCCCAGUUCAGCGAUGGCAGCGACACAGUCUACCAGGCCAAGAACCAGCCUGAGAUGGAGAGGAGGACCAAGUCAUUGAAGGCAGGGCUGAAGCGUUUCGAGGACACUCCAGGGUACAUCCAGACCAAGCAGGCCCAGGCACUCAAGUCCAACCUCCAGGAAUCCAAUUCCUUGAGGCAGGACCUCCUGUACUUCUCUGGCGCGGAGGGUAGCCCA